AUGUACCGAACAAUCAGAGUCGGCGAGGUCCUCUCUGAUUUCCGGACCUUGCAGUACUACAUUGCGGCGGCUCCCACGGACCCGACAAACAUGGAGGACUACUACACCGAGGGAUGGGCGGCUUUGCGGCAAUGCUCCCUCGACGGUCAGCAUAUUCUCGACUGCGCGGCCGACACGAGCGUCCCGACGGUAAACGGCGGGCCACUUGAGCAGGAGAAGGCAGAGCUCAACCAGUGUAUGCUCGACUCUUUCGCCAGGAGACACGAGUGUCAAAAGAUCUACUUGCGACAGGCUGCCGCGCAGCGGUGGAUCGGCAACCGGGACGGCGUUCUGCAGGGCGGACGGCCGAACUCGAGGAACGGGUCUCAUCUGAGGGCGUGUGACCAGCAGUUGAGAGUUGAGCUCUCGACGAUUACCGACGAGGCAAUCUACAACCAGCUGCGAGCGUCCGACCGCUCGAUGGGCCGCUGGACGGUCGAGGACCCGAGCCUACGAAGCGUGCAGCGCUGGCUCCGCGCGCGACGAACUUCGGCGUGA